AUGCAGAGCCCAACUGCCGCAAAAGAGAGCACAAAAGCAUCUUAUGUUGCAGAUGAUGGGGGAGGAGCUGUUGGAACACCACCUAACUUUGUUGGCCUAGCCGCCGUCCCUCUUGUGGGCUCAGCCAGUAGCGAUUCUCAUUAUGUUGUUGACCACCCUCUAUCAGCGCCUCCACGGAAGUUUCCCAAGGCUUCCUCUGUACAUCGCUCCCUUUCUCUUGAAGAGCCAGGAGGAAUGCAUGGACCCGAAGGGACCCUUGAAAAAGCUCAUGAUGAUCCUGACGAACUUCAAGGACAGAAGCCCCAGGAGCACCUGCACCGGCGUGGCCAGCUGCAGCAGAUAGCCCUCCAUGCAAGCCCUGACGGGAAAGGCAGCGAUGAGGACUAUGCUCUGGAGAGGCCCAAUGCAGAUAGUGGCAAUUAUGCAUUUCAGGGAAAAAACCGCGCUGCAGCUGCAGGAGGUGCUACUUCAGGAAAUGCGUGUGAAGCUGCAUCAGCAACUGCGGUGCCAGGUUCUACAUCAGCAGCUGCCGAACCGGACCUCGAAACAGUAUGUCGCCAGACAUUUAUUUUUGCAAAUUCGAAAGCGGGAAUGGAUAUGACGGAAGAGGAGAAGGCGAAAAUAGCAGCAAAAAUUUUUGAGCUCUCCAGGAACUCGCCUUUCUACGCAAACGAAAUGAGGAAGAACAAGCAGAUGGAACAGCAGUUGUCGGUCCUACGUCGCCGCGUACAGCUCUUUGCGUCAUCUGGUGGCAGCGCCGCUGCUUCUGCCACUGCUCGUCGAGUACUCCAACAGCUGCAGCAGCAGCAGCAGCGCGAGUCAGGUCGGGUGUAUGUCCACCUGGACAUGGAUAUGUUCUUCUGCGCCGUCGAGAUGCGCGACGACCCCUCGCUGCUGUCUGUGCCCAUGGCAGUGGGCUCCCUGUCUAUGCUGGCCACAGCCAACUAUGCCGCGCGGCGGUACGGGGUGCGGUCGGCAAUGCCUGGCUUUAUUGCUAAACAGCUGUGCCCGUCUCUGGUGAUUGUGCGUCCCAAUUUCAGCAAAUACAGAGCAGCAGGGGACGCUAUCAGGCGCGUGCUCGAGGCCUACGACCCCGAUCUUUCCUCACACUCACUUGAUGAGGCAUCUUUGGAUGUCACAGACUACCUCAACAAAAGGUUUCGGUUCGCCGAGAGCGCAGACGCCUGCAGCCCAGUGGACAUCACCGCGUCUCCAGAAAACACAGACAAUACGUCUUCAGGAAGAAAAGCAACAGCAGCAACUACACCAUCAACAUCACAUUCCCCCACAGCAACCACUCCGAUAACCAGAGAAGCUACCAAACCAUAUGUUGCAGCAGCAGCAGCAGCAGCCAAAGCAGCAACCGACCGGGUGACGGCGCUGGUAUCGGAGAUUCGCGCCGCUGUUUCUUCUGCUACAGGGCUUAGCUGUAGCGCGGGUGCUGGAGCGAGUCGCAUCGUAGCAAAGAUUGCAUCGGACAUGAACAAGCCAAACGGCCAGAAGAUAGUAGAGGCAACGGGAGCAACAACAGCAGCAGCAACGGCAGCGACGGCAGCGUUCUUGGAUUCGCUCAAUGUACGCAAAAUACCAGGCGUUGGAAAAUACAGAGAGAAAAUGCUUAACGCCCUGGGCAUACACACCUGUGGGGAACUCCUGCAGCACGCACCGCUACUGUUGCACUUGCUGCCCAAAAUAACAGCAGUGCAUCUGAUACGCAUGGCUCUCGGGAUCGACGGGAUGCCUCCGGAACUUCAGCAACAACAACAGCAGCAGCAGCAGCAGAGCGUCAGCUCGGAAGAAACGUUUGCUGCAACGAAUGAGCUGCCUGUGCUGCGCCGGGUCGUCGAGCAGCUGGCAUCAGCAGUGGCAGAGGAGCUGAAGGAGAUGGGACAGGAGAGCGACCAUGUGACCCUCAAGGUCAAGUUUGCGGACUUCUCGGUGAGAACUAUCUCACACAGAUUGCUGCAGCACACCGGUGAUGCUGUAACAAUCGCAACAGCAGCCCAAGGCUUGCUGCAAUCCGUCAUCCGGGAGCAGCAACUCAAGAAGCCGACAAGCGCCGGCAGCAGCGGAAGAGGUAGCGUCAAAGGCACGGCAGCAUGGGUGAGGCUGCUAGGCGUGCGCUGCUCCGGCCUCAGACAGGCAAAGACACGGAACAGGGGGCUGCGUAAACUAGAUGAGUUCUUCUCACAGCAGCAGCAGCAGCAGCAUCAAGAACUCGCAGCAGAGGCACGCGAUGCUGUAGCACACCCUAAAGAAGAGUGGUGCAUCGAGGCUGAGGAACUCGACGACUUGCUUGCAGUUCUCUCUCAACACAAAAAUGAGAAGGCGGCUGCAGGAGCAGCAUUGCCGCCGGAGGAGGCAGGGCUUCCACCAACAGAGACAGUGCCGCAUGCACAAGAAUCCCAACCAGCUGCAAAAUCACCAGUGGGAGCAGAUUGGCCACCAGCAGCAGUAUCGGGAGGCGCAGUAGCGGUCCAACUGGAAGAUGCCGCAGUCAAAAAGGCUGUUACGGAGGCAGAAGCCGAGGUCGACGUUGGUGCUGUUGAGAGGACCCCAAAAUCACAAAGCGAAUCCGUCUGUAGGUCCGCGAGACCGCAGCAGAGCUGCAAGACCGGCGGCGGGAGCAGAAGCAGCAGCCAGCGACAAGGCGAGAAGCAGUUGCUCCUAAACGUGAUUCCGCGGCAGCGGCAGCUGCAGCACGAACGCCGUCGUCUCCCUUCCCCUCCAAUUCAUCAGCGACUGAGGCAGAAGAAGCGUCCGAAAGUUGACCAACAGCGGCAGCAGCCGCAAGUGCUUGAACUUCUUAAGUUAUCCAGGAAGCAAAGGCAGCAGCUUCCAGACCGACAAAGACAGGCUCAGCUCCAGUAUCACGAGGAAAAGGAGAACCCAAAGGAAUACGUGGUGGUCGAAGUAGUCAGCGAUUAG